AUGAGCAAUGAGUCUACCGUCUGGAACAUCCUACCAGAAAACUCCACAGUGAGUCUGUCUUUCACCACAAGCUUAUUCUCAAACUUCCUGCCCAUGUUUGUGUGUAUCUUUGUGUUUGUUACGUCCAGCUCAGAACCUGCACUAUACUUUCCCUCAUAUUGUCUUCUGGCCGAUUGACUGGCUAAUAGGGAACAUCCUGACCUGGACUUGAAAUAAUUAAAUCUCUGAUCUAAUCUAAGCUUUAAUUUCCCCUCACAGAGAAAUUACGGUGUGACAUCAGAGUAGAGUGGUCAUUUAUGCUUGCUGUGCUCGCUCCCUCAGAGAGCUCACACUAACACUCCACCUAUACCAUCAUCUUUUUGAUAUUUAUACACAGUCUGUUGUCUUUAUGUAACCAGGGUCAUCAUGUCACCUCUCUCCUUCAGAGAACAAAGCCUGCUUUUGUUUUCCGCUCUCCCACUCAUGUUGCCACCUUUCCUUUUAUUUAAAGCAUUUCAAAGCCAGUUGUGCCGCCAACAUAAACAGAGGAGCUUGCUUUUUGACAAGUCGGACACGGGAAAAUAGGGAAUAAAUCCGGUGAAAAAGCCACUGUAAAGGUCAAAGUAGUUUUAUUCAUACAUAUUCUGUUAAAUGCGUAGAAAGGUAAAACUACAUGUUUGAUCAAAAUCCUGCUAAAUAGUGGAACAAAGUAAUGCAAAAGUAGAGAUGUAUUUAUGGUGCUACAUGCAGGGAAAGACACCCAUGCAGUUGUGCAGACAAUGAGGUUUUCCACCAUGCUUUUUUAUGUAUCUGUAUGUGUCUAUUUUUUAUGGUUCCAUCAAUCAGGGAUAACAUAAGAGCCCAAUCAUUUCAGGAAAUAACUACUCCUUCCCUACUUCCAUGUACAGAUUUUAAGGCAGGAAACAGUUGCAAAAGAACAGAUUUUUGUAUGAAGGUAAAUGUUAUGUCAAGAUUAAAAUUAAUUUUCUUGAGAACCAGUUUCUCAGGUAAGAUAUUAGGAUUUUUUCCCGCUGUUCUUUAAACCACUAUGCUAAUACAGCUAGCUAGACACUGGUUGACAAUGGAGGAUUAAAUUUAAUCAGUUUAAAUAAAUUUUUUCAGAAUGCUUACAACAUAAAAGACAGACUGACAGAAGUGUACCUGUUACUGUUUGAAAAAAGGUAAAAAGAACGAAGUGUCAAGUUAUUCUUUAAUAUAUAUGUGUAGACAAGAUGUAAUGAUAAACUAAAUGUGACUACUAAUGUCCAACCUUAUAAAUACUUAAACAGUAUGUGCUGUAUACUGUCUAACUUGGUUGUCUCUCAGGGUAAUAUGACUUUAAUCACCUAUUACUAGUCUGAGAUAUAUAGCGAGAUAUACAUUUUGGUAACCCUCUUUUGGGAGUAUAUCACAUGGUUUGGUCUCUGUUUGCUACUUCAUACCCCAGCAUCCGUUACAACCUACCCUGCAAGUAGGUAGGUUAUUGUAACACAUCCCAUUACAGUGAAAGUCAUUUAUUGUCAGCAAUACAGUUGCUUAUGUGGUGGACUGAGUUAACUUUUUCCAGUCCACAAAAGAGAAGAUCUGAAGAUGACUUCUCCAACAGUGCAGAAGAGCGUCUGUCUUUCAGAGCAGUGUAGUACGUUGUCUGAUGGUAGCUUUCCACAAAGUCUCAUUAGUCUCUCUGUUUCAUUAUCUCAGCUGCAGUCCCUUCUGUUAAGGCUUUCUCAUAGCUCAGGUAAACUGCAGACAGGUUAACAGCCCUGGCAUUUAGUGAUCCAUUACACCAAAUUCUUGCAAUUAUAAGUCAAUUUUAUGAAAAAUAACCAAACCAAGAGGAUGAAUCAGUGCUUUAAGCUGCACAGUGUUUCUGGAGAGGUAACCCAGCAACAUGGUCAGAUCUCAGCUGCACCUUUUGUGUCCAGAGGGCAUUUGUUGUUGUAUUACAUAAAUGGCACACAGCAUCCAAUAGCAUUUGGAUUUUGAUGUAUUUUUUGGGAAGAAUUUUUCUUUAGUUGUGCUCUUCCUUGUUAAGUAGCACUUUAGAACUUGGAACAGGGGACACCCACUUCUCUUCCUGUUAUAGCAGCCAUUGCCUACUCAUGACUCUGAGCUGUAUCGAGGUUUAAAUAUCACACAAAAGAGAGGUCGGUUUGGAUUUAAAGUCUCAACAGUAUAGUGUUGAUGCAUAUAGUGUAUAUAUCUUUUAGCUGCAAUUACUAAGACUAUAUAUUUGUAUAUUUGAGCCUUCUUUUGUGUUUUUCAGGGGAUCCCAGUCGAGGCAGAGGAGCAGGGAGAUGGCUUUCUGCUCCUCUUGGUGGUUCUCUCCAUCUUCUUGGUAGGAACGCUGAUCUUUGGCUCUGUCCUCCUCAUUGUCUGUCGUCGCUGCUGUCGAGGAGGACAAUGCUGUGCCAGGUACGAUGUAAAAAUGAGGAAUUAUAUUUACGCAGUGUUCAACGCAGUGUGUUUCACCAUCCAGACAAGCUGCCAUUACUGCCGACACAACUCAGUGUCUGCUGUUGCUGCUUACUGUGACACUGAGGUAGGUAGUCAGAUCAAAUUAUUGGACAUUUGGGCUCACUUUUUCAAAUAGGAUCUAAUCUUAAAUAUCUUUAAAAAAGGAAAAAACAGGAGAGACGGCGCGGCAUGGAUUGGAUCAGGUCAUCCAAUCCUGUUUUGGAUCCAGAGAAAAACCCCAGUUUGUUUCACUCAAAACUUUUGUGUCAGAUGCUGAUUAUUUAUAUCCAAAAAAUCAGCAAGAUCAUGAUCCCAAGGUGAGGUAAAGGUUGGAUUACAGGAACAAAGCAUCUGUCAAACAGAUCAACAUUAUCACACGGUGGUAUAUAUUUCAAGAGUUUUAGUUUUUCCUUUUGCCCUUGAAUGAUCUCUUGAGUAACACACACCCACUCACCCUGACUUUACACAGACUUUUUCAGAGGGCUGGAGAAAAAAGGCUGCCAAGAGUAAGGGUUCAAAUUCAACCUUUUGUAUCCACACGUGUAACCUUCCCAGAUGAUGUCAGAAAACUUUCAGGAGUGAAGAGCAUGUGUACAGAGAUUUGACUGCAAAGAGCUUCAAGAAUAACACUUUGUAUUGAUACAAAGUUUGUGUCAAUUUUGGUGCCCCCGGUGUUGAUUUGGUAAUCCUAUUCAGUUUUUCUGUGGAAUAAGGCAGACAAAAGUGAGCUGGACAACCUGAUCUGUGGUAGAAACAAAUGAUGUAUCACCAAAUCUAUAGACUUUUGAUCAGCUCUGGAAGUUAAAUUAAAGGUUUAGAGAUGAUGGAGUACCUAAAUUACAGGUACCUUGUACUAUUCUUAGAUUUUACAUGUUAGUUAGACUGUAACAUCUUGAUUACAAAGUGGAAUAAUAUUGAAAAAAAAGUAUAGGAGAGCUGUGUAAUUUAACAACUUUCUUCAUAUACAAUAGUGACGUUUUCUGAUGAUGCAACGUGUCUGUAAUGAUUAUAUGUAGUUCUUACUUGACUGUGCUAACUAGCUACUUGCUACGACAGGUGAUGAGAAACAAAAUGCCAUCGCCAGGUCACUCAGAGAGGGAAAAAUGACAGUUUAUUGAUUGAUGAUAUUGUUGAUAAUCUCCUAAAGAUUAUAUUAGUAUUCUGUGGCCACUCAUCUACAUACAUUUGUGACGUAAAGUCUAGUUAAUUUGCACUCAUUAUUAUUUUUUUCAAAGUUAAAUAAAACCUUACAGGUAACCGUUGCAGUUGUGUGAUAAAAGGAGCAAUAUUAUCUCUAAUUAAGUAGAGGCUUUUGAACUGUAGAUUCAGGUCCAUGUACCACGUUAAAGCAUAUUUGUGUACAUACCAAAGACUACUCACCCUGUGCUCUCACAUAACAGCUAUUUAAAGACUAGUUAUGCUGAACGUGUGUACUUAUAGAGUGGAUGAAGCUCAUUGCAGUUGUAAAUUAAGUGGACAACUUCCUGUGGUAAUGUCCAGUUAGCUCCGCCCACUAAGAGAGAUUGCCAUCAACAGUUUUAACAGAUGUGAUUCAUCUGUGUUUUUUUGGCUUCCCUUGAGAUACUUUGUCUCCCUCCAUAGCGGCCACAUCAUCAAAUACACUUGAAUAUACGAGCACAGCAGCUCGAUGCAGAUAAACAGAGAACACAGAGGCUGAGCUGUGGAGAGGGAGAGGCCUGUCGGGAGAGAGCAGAGGAGAGGCAGGCAGACUGGUACAAAUGAUGAGCGUAAUGAGAUUUCAUAGCAGCCAACGGCUGUGAUUAAUCUUGCAUCUCAACCCAGCACUGUGUGCACACCAAGAAUACACACACACACACUCAUAUACACACAGCGCUGGGAAGCGGGAAUCACAGAGGAAAUGAAAGACAAGAAGAAGCUUAGAUUUGGGUGGAAGGAGAAAUCCCUCAAGUCACUUCAGACUCACACACACACACACACCUCAUAUCUCUGCACAAAGAAAUCAGAUUGAGAAAAAUGACUGGGAGGAGCUUUCUAUUUCUUUUUGCUGCCUCAUAAAGUAGAUUUAAGAUUUGAAGAGUUGGUAUAAAAGAGGGGAGGAAAGAAAAUUGAAAGACUUAACAACAACAAACAAUAAACCGAAGAAUAAUAUAAACCCAUCUCCUAAACACCAUGACCUUUAUUUUUAUUUUCUCUGGGCCCUGAAAGAUGAAUGGUGAUGUACAAUCCAAUAAUUUACCCUGAUUUAUCACUCCAAGAGGUCCCCUGGCCCUAAAGGUUACUAAGUCAGAGGCAGUGAUUUAGGUCUUCAUUGAUUACACAGGCAGACAUUUAGAUAAACAGAACAAUGAAUGUAUAGUCACAUGACCUUACAGAGGUCUUAAAACUGUAUCUCUAAACUGUUGAUUUUUACAUCUUUGCCCACAUCAAGUUGUUUACUUUCAUCAGAUUAAAGACAGACUUCAAGGGGAAUUAUGUCACAGCACUGAUCUGAAUGUUUCUCUGUGCUCCAGGACCAGCGAUGACCCUGAAAAAACCACCACCACCUACGUGGAGGAGUCUCAGCCCACCCAUGGUAAGAGAAGAAUGGACAAAGAGGGAGAAACGUAAAGAGGAAGGAAUAACAGGAGAGGAGAUAAAAAAGAAGGGAGGAGUAAUGGAGUCAGGCAGGCUGGGAGAUAGAGGUAUUGGAUUGAUGGUAGCAGGGAUAUUUUUAUCCUGUCAGCACAAAUGUGUAAUGCCUAUUCCAUUAAAAUAUUGGGAUCCCAACCCAAUUAGUUUAAGUAGCCGUGCCUUUCCUGGAACACCUCCUGACAUUUUGGGAGCAGUGAAUGCACUCUGUCUGAAAUGAAAAUGAUUUAAAAGGCAGCUUCAGGUUGGCACCACACUGCUCUUAUAAGGCUUUCUGCUGGUUUUCAGUCAGCACUAUGCUAUUUCAUCAUACUCACACCAUAAAAAUGUAGUUUCACAUGAGAUGCUUCACUCAAAGAUAACAGUCAGUGCUCAGAUAUAAGUGUGACAAAUGACAAGAGUGUUUUAAAGCAGAUUUGGAUGAUUACAUUUUUUAUACAUUUACAAAAGAAAGAUAAGAGAUCAGUAAAACACACUGCUAUAGACUUGAAUGAUAAACUUAAUUAAAGAGUCCUAGUAAACUCAUUUUUACCUUUCAUUUUUGGUGUUAGACACCUAUAGUAGCUUUGCAGGAUUUGCAACUCAAAAAUCAUUUUUUUAUCGUGUGCUGGCACCGAUUAAAGUAGAGUGAUCAUAUUCUGAAUCGUUACUAUGUGGGGUGGAGUCACACACAAAAUUUUGAGGGUUUUUCGGGUUAGGUCGAGUGUUUUUUUACACAUUUCUAACCCAGUUAGUUCACGGUACACCAACUCAAAACUUCCAUACAAAACAUUGGACAUUUGAAUGAUUUUAUAAACUCCCCCCAGACAGACAGGACAGCCCCCAAAAAGAGGACAUGUCUGGGUAAAAGAGGACGUAUGGUCACCCUAAUUAAAGUCUUCAUACAGUUCUGUUCAGCUUCUGUCUAAAACACUUUAUUUUGACUCCUUUACAGUGAUAUAAAGUUAGAUACAGCUUGUGGGUGCUACUUUUUACACAGCUUUGUGAUCACAAGAACAACCUGAAUGUUAUGUCUGUACAGAAAACAUCUGAUGAUAGCUGUUAGCCCCCCAUGAUAGCUACGGGCAGUCAGCUGUUGUUGUGUUAGCCGCUGUCAAAGUGUUACUUGCAGCUUGAGGUGCCAAAUUUAUAAAGAAGGUCUUAUAAAGAAUGGAACAACCCCAGGUUUCAGCAACAACUGAGGUGCAAGUACAGCGCAUACUUGCCUUUUGUUUACAUAGGAGUCAUAAGUGAAGUGGUAACAGGUAUGUUGUAAAUGUUGACACAAAAAAUAUAAAAGCUGACCCACUGUUUCCUGGUGUCUUUGCCUCUGAGAAGAGAAAAUUGCUGUGAAUUUAUUCCACAACCAAGAGAACACUUACGAGCAACCUUUUCAGAACAUACUGAUUCAACAAAGUGCAGAGAAGGGGCAAAGCCAAGUAGUGAAAUGCUCUUUCCAGCUCCUGGGUGGGAGUGUUUUUAACAGAGUUGCUGUGGGCUCGUCCUUUAGUAGUUUCCCAUUAGGGACAGAGCCUGACAUCAGGUUCUGGCCGAGUCUCUAUAGUGGUGAAUAAAUUUACCAAAGGACCAACAUUUAUUGUUCAAGCUCAGCCUUCACAGCUCAAACUGCGAUCACAUUAAUAACAGUAUGACUAAGAAUCAAAGCCUAAAGCCCCUCUACCUUUCUUUGUAAUCACCAUUCACUUUUCCUCUAUCCAUCUCUCCACCUGUCUGUCUUUGUCCUUCCUCUUGUAUCUCUGGCAGAAAUCACCAUCAGGGUGGAUGAGUCAGAGUGCCUGUCAAUGGCCAGCUCUCACGACCAAGAGACCGAGCGCUUCCUCUCUACGGGCACCACCGGCCGCCGUGUCUCCUUCAAUGAGGCUGCACUCUUUGAUCACGGAAAGAAGGCUCAGGAGAAGGGCCGCAGGUCAGACAGACGACACAAACACACCGAGCAACUUCACAAAUUUGUGUGCUUUUAUGUUCAGCUUUCAGCUGGCGUUAAUGUCCGCACACUCCACCUUUACUGCUUUGUUAGAUCAAAGGAUGCACACAUUUCACUGUGUCUGUCUCUUUUCUGUGUUAGUUUGGGGGAAAGAAUUCAUUUAAAAUACAUUAUGUAUGCAGGGAGCAUAAAGAGCUUUCACACUUUCUCAUUACUUCACUGACCUACUUUUCUCUGAAAGGCCUAGAUGUUAAUUCUUCAAAAGGAAUUACUCUGCGGGGCUAAAUGUAAGAUUCAGUGUGGCACAGAUGGGUUAGAAUUCAAUAUUUCCCUCGGCUGUUUGACUCUUGUGGAAGAAUUAACUUUAUUUAACACUUAUCCUACCAAGUCUUAUCUUAUCCUAGCAAGAGUCUUAAGCUCUUCACUCUUCACUCUUUGCUCUUCACCUCAGGUAUACUCUGACUGAGGGCGACUUUCACCAUCUGAAGAAUGCCCGCCUCACAAACCUCCAUAUCCCUUCCCCGGCCCUCAAGAUUGUAACCAUCCACGAGUGUGACUCAGCUGAGAACAGCCUCACCAUGACAACAACACGGCCUGUCGCUAAGUCGGCCCUUUCUAUCUUCCAGGUGAGAACCUUUCACCUGCUAUCAGACCUCAAGCAUCAUUAGUCUUGACCGUGGCCAAUUAGAACAUCAAUCACUUGGGUUAUGACAAGAAAAUGGAUCAAGCUAAUGUACCCAAGCACUGAAAUGAGGAAUCUCUCUGCCUGCUCAUUUCAACAGGCGGGGCUCAUUGAUUUCACAUUUUGGUGAGGGUCGUCAGUCACCAGGAUCAGGCUGACAGCUCGAGAGGAAAUUAAUUUUUAUGCACAAAUGUUUCUCAAACAUGAAAAUCCUACACUGAAAGUGAAGCCAGUCUGUGAUUUAACGAUUGAUCAACCAAGCUUUUGAAAGAUUUUUAUGUUUAACCAAAGGUUCUGUGUAGGUAGACAGGUAACUUUUAUAUGUGCCUCUCUUCAGCCCAUGUUGUGCCCCCUGCCACAAACAGCACUGACCAGUCUGAGUGUCAAUCCCAGCUGUGCUCUCCCAGGGGACACUCUCAACUCUGUGGUGGAUACCAGCUUCAGUAACAAAGCUAUGGCUCUAAGCACUAAAGAGCCAAGCUCGGUAAGUUUCCUUCAACAUAUACUACAUUUUCAAUCAUUUGGAUUAUCAUACAGAGUUUUACAUGAUAGGGAUUUUCUGCCUGAGGAAAUACUAGCCUCAUUUACAUCCCAGCAGAGCAGACUUUGAUAUAAAAAAUGUUCUGAUUUCUGUUUGUACGAAGUAGCUUUUUAGCACUGACCGAUCACAUCCCAGCAGAAAAAAAUAACCGUAUGGAGAGCAAAAUCAGGCUCACCUUUUUUGAGGACUGCUUCCUUUAAUCCACACCAUAAUGUUAUUUUUGCAAACUUAAGACCAAUCAGCUGCAAGUCAUCCACAAGAAGUAUUUUUUUUUAUUAGGUUUAUAGAGCUUAACAAGGCCAGAGUGAACCUCUGUGUAACUUAGACGCCCCAGAAACUGGUAAACAGGCCCUCCUCAAGUAAGAUGUAUUCAGGUUUGUUAAGAGGUUUAUAGCGCACUACUGACUAAAUUGGAGAUUCCAAAAAGUCGACCAAUGUACCCAAAAGCAUAUAGUGUCCUCCAAUAGGUUUUGGGAUUGACAUAUUUCAUGUUUAAGCACAUUUCAGAAGCAGUAUUGCAUAAACUCAAAACUCCUGUGAGGAACUCUUGGUUGUGUCAGUAUGGCGCCCCCUAUGGCCAAGUAGUCUUUGCUUAUCUUGUGUAGCAAUUUUUAUGUGGAAAUGAUCAAACAGGGGCAUCAAAAAUUACAAAAUAAAAAUAAUUAAUCAUGACACUAAUGUCCUUGUUAGCUUUAAGAUAUCAUUUAAAGACAAUAUGAAAUUCAGUCUGUUUUUUUGAUGUCAAAAAAUCAGGGAUUUUUUUCUUAAUGCAGUCCCUUAUUACACAAACCAGCCAGUCAACCUGUGAGCCAUUCAUACAAACAUAACAGGGGUCAUAGGACCACCAAAAGUGAUGGUUAAUGGGUAAACAACAAGCCUUUGUUGAGCAUCACUGUUAGAAAGAAUUGCACGCACACAGCAACCCCCUCAGCUGGUUUCCUGACUCUCUCUCUCUCUGUUCAGAUCGAGAUAAUAGGAGCUGGGCCCCGGGGCAGAGGCAGCAGCAUCAGUGUUGGAGAAGGGCCCUUGGUGGGGAGCGGCGCCCCUCCUGCUGGCAGUGGUGCAGGAAGCCAGGGCCCCAUGCUGCAGUUCUUCACCAAACUGCGGCGCCAUGCAAGUCUGGAAGGGGCCAGUCCCUACUUUAAGAUCAAGAAAUGGAAGCUGGACAGCAGCCAGAGAGCCUCGAGUCUGGACACCAGAGGUAAUGGAUCCUUGAUGGUGUCGAGUGUAUUUCUGUCAUCUUAUUUUUAGAAACAACCUGUGUCUUUGUUUAAAUCAUGACUUUGGUAGUAGAUACUAAUGACAGUUUCUUUGCUGGGUGUUUUUUCUCCAUUUAUUUGUGUGUUUAGUAUUUUUGCUCUUGAAGUAAACAGGCCUCCGUUAAGCAGGGGGGCUCCAGAAACCAACUGUGAGAAGCGUUUUGCCUGCUAAGAGUCGGAUGUACACACAGACACACACAUAAAAAGGACAGAUGGCUGAGUGACGUAAAGUUUGCUCUUUCCAAGUCAAUUUGAGCCCCUGAGUAAAUCCUUCCUGUCGAUCGCCUUCAUCCUAUACACACACACUCACACAAACAUGCACAUGCACUUCUCUAUGUGAUUCGCAAGACUCAAUUCUCUUCUCACAAAGGGCCUGGAAAGAUCACAAAAUCCCCAGAGAAGGCGCCACACUUGAAGGAAAAUUUCCCUUGAAUCAAGUGUCACUUCCCUUUAGCCUGCUGUCAACUCUCUGCUCCUUCCCCUUUAUGAUUUGUCAUGGGCCAGGCUCUCCAAAGAGGAGACAGUUCCAGCGCCAACGAGCCGCGAGUGAAAGCAUGGACCAGGACGACAACGACGCUCACCACAUAGACCUCAUCCAGUACAUUGCCCGCACCACACAGAAUGUCCCCUACUGCUCCAGCCAGCCCACCACCCGCCUCCUCUCACCACCAUCCACACCACCGCCCUCCCUCGGCAGGUAUCUUUAAUUUCCUUGCCAUUCAUCCUGUUCACUGCUUUGCUGCCUGGCACUCAUUUCUUUACAGUUGCUAAAAAAAAAAUCUGUUAAUGAUAUUUAGGAUUUGGCUCUAAGUCCCAAUUCUUCCAAACCUUUCCUUGACAAAACUGUGCUUUGUGAGUUUUGAUAUUCCAGAUGAGAAAGUUUCAAAUGGCAUGUAUCAGUAGCAAGUUACUCAACUUUACUUCAAUGAAAAUGUGGAAAACUUUAAUGAAAAAUUUCCCUUUUUGUUAGACAAACUGUGAUGCUGUCAUGUAAUCCGAAAACACACCAUGUUGUGUAACUUUUAAUAUGUGCCACAGCCUAGUUAAAUGUAAUCCGAUCCCUGUAAACAAGAUUUCUUUCAAAACUAUCUCAUGAAUGUAGCCAGACAGAGGGGAUUCCCAAAGUGUAGAGCAAUGAAGUGGAGAUUUGGGACGCAGGGUUUGUAUCUGGCAUGGGAAAUCAUUCCAUCGCUGGCAUGGUCUAAUAAUGUCAUGUCAUGUCCACGGAAGUACAGGGCUCAUUUGUUAUUUUAAGCUCGCACUAAAAUUAUGGAGGACCAAUAAAUUGCCUAAUAUGAGGCUAUAAAACAAAAAUAAACUAGUAUUUUCUGUAAGUAACUAAAUAUUUUUAUUUACUUAGAAUUAGAUAAAAAUAUCAGUGUUUCCCGUGUAUGUUUGUUUGAAAGAGGAAUUUCCUGGAAGCUGCCUCGUCUAAAUGAUUUGAUGAUCCUCAUGAUCACUGACAGUCUAGUCACAGACUGGUACUGUCUACACUGUGAUGUGAGUUAUUUUUGGUACAACAUGGGUUCUUGAAAUAUGUUGGACCACAAAAGCAGAGAUAUCUUUUUAGGACACAUGGUUUUGGUAAUCAAUUAAUUAGCAGAAUUCAUUAUCAUGUUGGUUGGGGGUAGGGCUGGGCGACAUGGGAAAAAGCUUAUCAUGAUAUAUUUUUUUCAUAUCAGUCGAUAUCGAUAUAUAUCACGAUAUAUAAAAAUGAAAUUUAACAGUGCUUAUUGCCAGCACGUCAUUUGCAAUACAAUAAGCUACUGCAUUUGUGAGGUCUUUGUGUCUCUUCGACAUUUUGUUGUAACGCGUUGCACUAGAGAAAGUGGACUGAAUGGUCGGCUGUUUCGGCUGCACAGGCGCCAUGGGCUCCUUGCUCUGCUCAGGGUUUGUAACUUUUUGCGUGUGGCACUGCUUCUGGUGGUGAAAAAGAUUUGAGGUAUUCCACAACUUUGUGCGAACAUGUACUUGCCAUAAUUUGCAGUGCACAUUACUCUGCUUCAUCGCCGACCUCGAAAAACCAAAAUACCUCCACACCACCGACGUUUUCGUGCCAGUGUUGUCAACGAUGUUGUUAUCUGUUGAGCCUUCGUCUGCAUUUCUGCCGAGGGUGCCACUCAUUUUCUUUUUUUCAUACGGACAGUGCUGUCGGCUUCACAUGUUAAAGUGCUAUGAUUGCGUGUAGCUGCAGCCUGCUACUACGGCAUUGUUUGCUACUUGAUUCUAAUUUCGCUGAUUGGUUCAGCGCGAAGCGGACCCGGAGCAAAUCCCCUUUUUAUUGGCUGUUCGUACAGCCUACCCAAACAUGGCAGAAUGAAAUGUGAAAAAAUGAAAAAAACUAUUGAAAAGCAUGUUGACCAUGUUUUAAAUUGAUAUUGAGGGAAAUUAAUUUUCGAUAUAUAUCAUUAUCAGUUUAUCGCCCAGCCCUAGUUGGGGGUAAUGAUGCUGCAACCACCAGUUACUCUUAAUGGGUGACUGUUGUUAUUUCUAUGUCACAGUUCAGGGAAAUCAAUAUAUUAGCAAGUUGUCAUGGACAUGAAGAAGAAGAAAGCUUGUUCUUAAAGCAUAUACACAAAAAGGCAAAGCAAAAAAGGAGAAUAGUUAGGGCUGUAACUUCACUGAAACAGUUGACACUCAACUCUCCCAGAGGAUUUUAAAAAAAAUGGGGGGUUAAGUAAAUGUGUCAGAAGAAGUGAAGAAGAGACUGUGGGCAACAGUACAAGUACAUUCUGGAUCCAAGAAAUAAUCAUGAUCACAUACUAUAAGCCAGCCUUUCCCAAACCUAGAGUCAUUACCCACACUGGGUUGCCAACCGUGUUUUAUUGGAUAAAAUAAAUGUCUAACAAUUGGGUGCAUUUGUUUUCCUGACUAAAUGGAGGCGUGUCCCGCUAACUGGCUGUGUGGGUGGCUGUCACUUACAAGCUCACUGUUGGUUAAGAACUCCACUGUUCAUUGAUGUUAAUGUUGAGAGGUGGGGAUAGUUAAUCCAAAAUUUCACUCUGUUAACCAUUGAUGCUUUUACAAGGAUGUUAACUUUGAUAAGUCUGAUACCGCUGAUUCUGUUCAAAAUUAACUUAAGUUAACAUGAUCAUUUCAACCUGUCGAAAUUAGGACAUCCUUCCCAUUCCUGCUGCACCAGACAGGGUUCCCCAAAUCCAAGUCCUGCAAAAUUUUAAACCAAAUACAUUUGACCCAUUAUACUUCAAAUCUUCAGAGGCAAUCUACAAUGAUCCAGCUCAAGUUGUCGUGGAUUACCACGUGAGAGCUGGUUUGGGUCCUUAAUCUCUCUCAGGGGAACAAGUUCAGUGUAGAUGCUCCUUGAGAUUUUUAUUUUAAAUGAUACAGAUCAUUUAGUUCAGAAAGAACCGUCUCUUUUGGCUCCUAAAACACUCUACAUAUUAUCAUUUUGACCUUUGAGCACCAGCUCUCGGCCCUAAACAAUAGUCCACAUAGGCUACUGAAGGUAAAUAUGAGGGUACAUACUGAACUAGUCCUGAUACAUUCUGUUCAAAGACAUGCAACAGCAACCAUUGCAAGUCAUGAACCCAUUCUGUGCAUUGUGAACACAGCCACCUCAGAUAAAUGUGUUAUUCAGGUAAUUGCUUCAACAGUGGUUUGUGUUUUGUAUGCUGUUGUGUGUCUCCGCUUCAUUUUCUUCUUAUUUUCUUCUCUCAUGUUGUCUCUUCAAACCCGUGUGCACCCUACAGGGUAGAGGUAGAGGUCAUAGUGGAGCCCAGCUGCAGCCAUGGAGGACCAGGGGUGAUUGGCUUGUCCCCUGAUCCCCAAGAUGACUCAUUGUCCCUAGCAAGAAGGGAGGGUGGAGACCCCCCAGAUGCCCAGGACCCCCAGUCACUUUACAAAGACAUCUGGACCCUUCGUGCCUCAUUGGAACAGUACGCCGCCUCGGACCAGAGCAGCAACAACGACAGGAACUCUGUCUGCAGUGAUGCUGACAGCGUGUGUUCACUGGGCGGACGCACAGAGACAGAGAGAGGAGGGCUCCCCAGAUAUCCGUCCCAGGAUUUAGGAGAUGAAGCAGAGGGUGGAGAGGAUGACAAGGAUAUUUUGAUGUAUACGGAUGAGAGGUUUGGCAUGAAAGAGGAAAGAAAGAGGAAACAGGCAAGCACAGAUUCUGAGCGAGGAGGCAGUGAUGGAGAGACAGGGACUCGUAAAUUGCUGCAGAUGGACAGCGGCUACGCCUCCAUAGAGGCUCCGACUCGAGGUCCAGAGGAGCUGCGACUGUUUGGCAGCAUUAGCGGCAGCCCCAAGGAUAGAACAGCCCACGAGAAGCGGCACCACUUCACCAAUGCAGGGCGAACUGGCACAAUCGGUGAGAGCUUUGAGUCUCAUCUCUUUGAGGAGGAGCCAGAAGAUGAGGUGUUGUUAGGUGCCAGUGGAGGAGUCUCCAUAGAAACAGGCACUGGCUCACUGAGUUGGUUCCCAUAUGGUCAAAUGCUUACACCUCGAGAGGCUGCACAGCCAUCACCUCAACUGUCCAUGCUUCACAGGCGAGACUACAGCAUAGAUGAGAAGACAGAUGCCCUCUUCCAUGAGUUCCUCCGUCACGACCCUCAGUUUGACCAGCAGGAGUCACCACUAAGGAAGCACCGGUCCAGAAUUCAUCUCCGCAAGCAGUGGCAACGGCACAAGCAGUGGAGUGAUCCUGGUGUCCGACACUUCCACAGUUCUUUUGAAAGACAGCGGACCCCACUUCGAAGAGGGGAGAGUGUGAACUACCCACUGGAAACAAGUUACCACAGUACACUUCCCAGAAUCGUCAGUGCUCCUGACGAGGAGAACAGCGACGGCACCGGCAGCACCCCGGACACUCCAAAGGUAGAGCCCACAACUACUGACAAUGGAAGCAAAGACAAGAAUCAGGACUGCAUCUCCACCUCAUCUUCACCACCUCACGCACCCUCUGUCUCAGAGAAAGAUGGAGGGUUAAGUGAGCACCAUAUCCCUCAGGAGGACAUCAAACCAUCUGGACUCCCUCCUGAGCCACCAGAUGAGCGCUCACCCUCUCAGCGGCCUGACUCAUCAGGCUACGGCCCGCAGACCAUCACAGCCGAGCUCACGGACAAACUGACUGCUCACCUGGAUGAGAGGCUGUACACAGGCCUUCGCAGAACCAAGGACUCCACUGCUGAGUGUGUGACGGUGACGGCCACACAUGCUUCUCCAGACCACAGCCCAGUGUAG